UCAGGUCGCAAGAGGUUGACAUGAGUAGCUGCGUUAAGUAGUGUGAGGGGGAUUUAAGUCAAACCCUGGACCCCCCAGUGUGCAGUUUUUCACUGAAAUACUUCCCAGUAUUCGGUUAUUGCUGUUAAAACCGAUGAGUUACGUCUAGGGCAGAUGAGGCGCUGACUUUUUGUCUUUUAAGUGCUUGUUAGCUUUACGUCAUUUCAGCUGUAUCUGCUAACAUAGCUUAGCAUUUAUUUCUAUUUUUUGUAGCUUGUUUGACAAAUACAUUUUCGAAAGUUAGAUCAAGUUUUGUAAUUUUUUUUAAUUCAAGCCUUCGUAUUAUGACUCCCAUCUGAAUGUUGGGUGACAGAAACUGGAGCAGUUGGAGCUAACAGAUGGUUAGCUUUUCAACCAUAACAAUGAGCUGUAGGAAAGCUUUAAGGUCCUGGAGAACUGGUUAUUUCCUUGCAAUUCUCCUAAUAUUCUCCUUCAAAGGAUUAUCAGCUGAGGAAGAGCAACACGGGAACGACGGACCGGAGUUGAAGUCCUACCAUGAUCCAGACUCUGAGGAAGAUGACGUCCGUAUAAGAGCGGAAAUUUUAGCAAGUGCAUCUCUGACUCCUCGUCAUGAAGACUCCGAGCCGGAAGACGGGAGGGAGUCCCCUUUAGAAGGAGAAGUGAAGGAAGAUCUACCUGAGCAACCUCCUCCUGUUGAGGAGAAACCUAAAGAGGUUCCUAUAGUGAAUGGAGGCACGGCCCAUGGACAGCCUUGUAUCUUUCCUUUCCUCUUCCUGGGGCACGAAUACUCAGACUGUACCACUGACGGACGGGGGGAUGGACGGCUGUGGUGUGCCACAACCUUUGACUAUGAAAAUGACAAGAAGUGGGGUUUCUGUGAGACGGAGGAGCAGGCCCAGCAGAGACUACAGGCUGAAGAAGCUGAGGAGCAGUAUCAGACGGUCCUGCGCAUGCUCAAUGCAACCAGCAGGAAAACCCAGAAAAGAGAAUUAUAUGAAAAGCUCAUGGAAGUAGCAGAGAAGGGCCACCAGAAAGCUACCGAGAAGGUGGCGUACGCCAUGUUGUUUGGAGACUACGUGAACCAAAAUGUCACUAAGGCCAAAGAAAUGUUUGAGAAGCUUGCAAUGGAGGGCUCACCUAAAGCUCAGAUGGCUCUUGGCUUUCUUUAUGCGGCAGGACUUGGAGUAAACUCAAGUCAGGCGAAGGCUUUAGUUUAUUACACCUUUGGUGCGCUGGGUGGAAAUGUGGUAGCUCACAUGAUUCUGGGAUACAGAUACUGGGGAGGUGUGGGCGUUCCCCAGAGUUGUGAAUCAGCACUGACACAUUAUAGACUUGUAGCAAAUCAUGUGGCCAGUGAUGUUUCUCUGACAGGAGGCUCAGCGGUGCAGAGGAUCAGACUGCAGGACGAGGUGGAAAAUCCAGGCUCGACCAGCGGGAUGCUGGAAGAGGACCUCAUCCAGUACUACCAGUUUCUGGCUGAAAAGGGUGAUGUCCAAGCUCAGGUGGGUCUCGGCCAGCUUCACUUGCAUGGAGGGCGUGGAGUGGAGCAGAAUCAUCAGAGGGCGUAUGACUACUUCACCCAGGCUGCAAACGCAGGGAACACGCACGCUAUGGCUUUUCUUGGCAAGAUGUAUUCAGAGGGCAGUGAGUUUAUUCCUCAGGACAACAAAACAGCUCUGGAGUACUUCAAGAAGGCUGCAGAUCUGGGUAAUCCAGUGGGGCAGAGCGGCCUUGGCAUGGCUUAUCUAUAUGGACGGGGUGUCCCAGUGAACUAUGAGCUGGCACUGAAAUACUUCCAGAAGGCGGCGGAGCAGGGCUGGGUGGACGGACAGCUCCAGCUUGGCACCAUGUAUUACAAUGGCAUUGGUGUGAAACGUGAUUACAAACAGGCCCUUAAAUUCUUCAACCUGGCCUCUCAGGCUGGCCACAUCCUGGCUUUCUACAACUUGGCCCAGAUGCAUGCUACUGGUACUGGUGUGAUGCGUUCCUGCCAUACUGCCGUGGAGCUUUUUAAGAACGUGUGCGAGCGCGGUCGCUGGUCGGAGCGCCUGAUGACGGCGUACGGCAGCUUUAAGGAGGGCGACACAGACGCUGCUGUGGUGCAGUAUCUGCUGCUGGCCGAGCAGGGCUACGAGGUGGCUCAAAGCAAUGUGGGCUUCAUUCUGGACCAAACAGACGGAGCGAGGAUCUUCAGUGACAAUGAGACGUACCCUCGCGCUUUACUGCACUGGACAAGAGCUGCAGCACAAGGUUACACUGUGGCACGGAUAAAACUCGGAGACUAUCACUUCUACGGCUAUGGAACAGAUGUGGAUUAUGAGACAGCUGUCAUUCACUACAGACUGGCGUCAGAGCAGCAGAACGGCGCCCAGGCCAUGUUUAACUUGGGUUACAUGCAUGAGAAAGGCCUGGGUAUCAAACAGGACAUCCAUUUAGCCAAGCGUUUCUAUGACAUGGCUGCUGAAGCCAGUCCUGAUGCUCAGGUCCCAGUUUUCCUGGCUCUGUGCAAGCUGGGCCUGAUUUACAGCGUACAGUACAUGCAGGACUUUAAUUUGAAAGAGAUUGUUACUCAGGUGGACUUGGACCAGCUGCUGGGGCCGGAGUGGGACCUCUACCUCAUGACCGUCAUCGCCCUGCUGCUGGGAACGGUCAUCGCCUACCGACAGCGCCAACACCAGAUCAUAGUACCGCCUCGCCCACCUGCCCCUGCCCCUGCACCCCCUCCCAGACCAGCUCAGGAGGAGCCUCAAGCCCAGGCCGAACCCCCGGCUCAGGAAGAGACACCUGCCCAGGGCCCAGCUCACGAGGACGAAGACGACGAUGAGGAGGAGGAGGAAGAGGACGAGCAGCAGUGAGGGCAAACCAGAGGGAGGGAGAGCAGUAAACGACAGACGGGAAGCUCUGCCAGGCCCACAGUGCGAUGCAGCUGAUGCUCAUUUAGCUGAAAACCUGCUACUUUAAAGACUUGACACACUCUUGCUGUUCUCUUCCACGUGUUAAAAAUACUCGUCAGCUGAACUGUGCAGUCUCACAAGUCCUUUUCUCCAUUUUAAAAUAAGGGGAAACCAACACAGCGUGGUUGAUUUAAAGACACUGAACAACAGGAGUGUUCAAAGGAAACGACAGACGUGGAACUGGUUCGUCUGUGACUUGGGACUCUGCCCGACGCGCACCUACUGUCUCCAUGAAUAUAGUCUUGCGGUUGCCAGAUAAAAGGCGUUUUAGACUCAACUGAGAAGAAGGAUGUAAUUUGAUUUGUAUAUUUGUUUGUUUCUUCCACCUUUUUGUGUUUUCUGGAUAAUUACAAAGUUAACCUGCUUUAGUCCUAAUUUUCUGAAAUAUUUAGAGGGAGGAAAAAAAGGCGAGACUUAAAGUAACUUUAUUAUUUAGUGAUCACCUUGUUGGCAAAGACGGUCAUGAUUUUUGCAUGUUUUCUCUUAUCAUUUGCAGUUUAGGCACAUUUUCAACUGAGUGACUUCAUUCUAAAUGUCAUUUUUUGCUCAGCAAUUUUUCAUUUAUUUAAUUUUAGUUUUUAGCCGAUAUGUUGCCAGGUCACUACUUUUGCCCUAGUGAAAUUCAUUCAGUAACAGCUCUAACACACUAAAGCCAUUUGCUGACCUCGGAAGAGGAACGUCAAGUGUGUUGGGAGGUUUAAUUUAAAUAGAGCAGUUUAAUUAUAAGCAGUGUGUUGAUGCUUAUGGUCCCUAACAGAAGUUUCAAGUUGGUCAAAAAUCAAAAUGCUGUUUUGGAAAAUUCAAAUAGAAGCAAAUUAAACAGAAUGAAGACUUUCAAAAACUCAAAUUAUAAAGAGCUAUUGAGCAUUAAUCUGCAUAAAGGAUACAGUGACACCCUUGAACAUUCUUGAUUUUACACUUCUCCCAUCAGGAAGGGUGGAGUCACCCCUAAACCCAUCCAUUUCAAGGGUAGGUUAAGCAAUUUGUGAUUUAUAACUCAGAACACUGUUUAACAGUGAAUUCCUCCUCAUUAUCUGCUAGCUGCCCGACCUACGUGGCAUAAAUAAGUCUUCACACAGAGCUAUAGUUCUUAAACUUCAAAAUAAAGUGAGGGCAGCCUACCCACAAAGCAUAAUAAUUACUAUAGCCAGGGAAGUGUUUGUGUUCGGGGGGGGUUGAUGUUUUGAAUUAAAUAUUAAUUUAUAUCACCUGGAAAUUACUUACCCUAGCUUUACCUGGAGGUUAAAUUUGAGCAGUCUUAAAAGGACUGAGUUGGGUGUGUUGGUGCGUCUUUGGAGAGCGCACACAAUUUCAGCUGCUGUGAAAGUUUACACCUCCUCACCUAAAGUCUGAAUUUGAGGUCUGCCCACACUUUCCAGCUCAGAUGGAUAAUAUAGCAGGGUUUAAAAAAUAGAUAAAAGAAAGUGAAGCCAUGAUACAGCCAUCCAGCGUUGACCUUGUAAAAGAAUUUCAACUUGUUUCCACAAGUAGUUCAUUUAUUUUCUAAAAUCCAUUUGUUCGGUACCACACUUUGUGCUUGUUGUGAAAGUUGAGAAUGUAACCGCCGUACACCCGCAUGAAGUGUAUGAACUGAAAAACCGCAGGAAAAAGAAUAAAUAGUUGGACCAGUUCCUGCAUUCAAACUCAGUUCAUCGAAGAUGAAACACUGGUCAGGGUUGACAAAACUGCAUUUUUUUUGCAUCACAAAUACAGAUUUAUAAGGAAUAAAUAAAUAAAUAUGGAUAUUUAACUGUUGUUUUAAAUCCUUUGAUGUUUGUGUCAAACAUUGAUUGGAAAUAAAGCUUGAAAUUCAGAGGAUU